CGCGGCAGGGCCGGGAUCGCGCGGGCUGCGCUCGGGUCGCGUCCUAUGCUCUGCGCCCGGAACCGCUGCUCCCACAGAGGCUGAUGGCGGCGGCUGCACCGAGGGACCCGCCUCAGAACCAUGGGGCAGGACUCGUUACUGGGGUGGCUCCCUGAGAGCUUGGUGUGUGUUCUGCUGGUCUCGGGAAUGGUUUGGAGCAGAGGAGGGAGGUGAUCUGACCCAGCUCUUCCCAGGCUUCCUGUGGCUGCAGCAUGGACAGCGGACAGCAGGUAUGAGGAGAAUGGCAGGAAGACCAGGGAGGAGGCUACUGCGGCAGUCCAGUGGGUGUGGAUGCUCUGGGCCAGUUGGGGGGAUUGGAAGUCGGAGAAAAGGUUGAAUUCUGUAUCAUUCUUUUUUUUUCUGUCUUAGUAGAUCUUUUAUUUUCUCAUUCAGAAGGUAAGAGAGACGUCAGGGAUGACUAAGGUUUUUGGAAAAGUUCAAUGACUGGACGGGUGGAAGCUCCAUCAUCUGGGACGUGGAAGCCUGUAGUAUGUUUAAUUUUUGCUCAGGAUAUUAGUGAUGAUUUCACUGUGUUGAGUGUGUGAGAUGUUUUGAAGAACAAAUUAGUAGAGUGGGUAGCUGGCCACACAGGUAUGAAAAAUUGGAGGAUAGUAUGCGGACCAGGGUGGAGCGGUGUGUCCAAGCUCAGGCCACCUAAGCAAAAUUCCUGGGAAGUCCAAGAUUGAAGCACUGGGAGAUGUGUUUCCCGGUGAGGGGCUCUCUUCCUGUCUUACAGAUGUCUGCCUCCUCACCUUAGCCUCACAUAGCCUCUCCUUGGUCCAGCACAGUGGAAUGAGCAGGAGAUGUCUUCCUUUGCUCCUAAGGGUCACACCCUUAUGACCUAAUCUAAACCUCAGUACCUCCCAGAGGCCCCACCUCCAAAUAGCAUCGUACUAGGAAGUAGGGCUUCAACGUAGGCGUUUUAGGGGGAUGCAUACAUUCAAUCCACAGCACUGUGGGUCACAUUUAGUGGAAUAAUCCUGAUGAUGUUCAUAGCAGACCAGGAAGUCUGAAGGUUGGGUCUCAUGCUUGCGCACCUGGUGGAGGUGAUAGACAUGACAGACAGAGGAGAGAAGGGGCACUGGGAACAGCGUGGAAGAGAGAGUGAUCUGGCAGGUGGCUGAGGCUUCUGAGCAUUGUGCGCUGCUGACACAGAGGUAGAGGCUUAUAUAGGAGUAACUGAGGCAAGAUGACUGGUCAGUCAUCCUCCUUAUUCGUGGCUGGGGGAGGGGGUGGGGGCUCACCAGGAUUUUGUUGUGUCAGGAAUUCGAGUCAGGCAGGAGGGUUAGUUAAGCAGCACAAAUGGGCAUCUGGAGAACUGAACCUGGGCUGCAAAGCCUCUGGGACUGGCUUUAGGAAUGAGAAUGAGGAAGAGAGGAAGGCUGUGACUGGUGAGAAGUCAAGUGCAGUACAAGUGGGGAAAGGUCUUGGGUGUAUGAGAUCCACAAGUGGUUCUGGGAGGCUGAGGUUGAGGCGAGUAAGAGAGCCAUGGCAGGAAGCAUUUAGAGCAUGACACUGCACUGCCACGGCCAGGGGGACCAUUGGCGGUGUGGGGUGCUACCAGGUCCUCUUUGACAUAGGAGGGACAGGGCAGUGCCUUUGGUGCAGGGCAGGGAAGAGGCAGUAACCAUGAGACAGACAUUGGUAGAGUGAUGUCCGGGCCGGGAGAUGUGAACUGGCGGCCUGAGUGCUCUGGCAUUGAGGAUAUAAGGAUGAAGUGUGAGCCCGCCCCAUUCGCUCUUUCUGAGAGGCAUGGCAUGGGAGACUGUAGGACUGCCUGGCCAGAGGGAGUAUGUCCCUGCAGGCCGGGCCCAGAGCUUCGGUGCUGCCUGCCUGCCUGCCUGCUGUUGUUGUAGUUGGACACGGGGAUGAAAGGACAUGGAGGACACUGCUUAUCAGUGGUGCCAGGCCCUGAUGUCUCCUCUGACAUGGGGAAAUGAGAAGAAGGGGCUCUGUGACCUUUGAGGACGUGGUCAUCUACUUCUCCCAGGAGGAGUUGGGGCUCCUUAAUGAGGCACAACGGUUCCUAUACCAUGAUGUGAUGCUGGAGAUCUUUGCACUUACAGCGUCCCUGGAUUGUUGGUGUGGAGCAAAGGAUGAGGUACCUUCUGAGCAGAGUGUUCCUGUAGAAGAUGCCAGGACUUCCAUGGCAGGUCCAUUGACUGAGAAGACUCAUCCUUGUGAGAAGUGUGUCCCAGUCUUGAAAGACAUUUUACAGCUGACUGAGCUCCAAGCAACAUGUCCUGGUCAGAAACCAUAUUUCGGUGGGACAUGUAGAGGCUUAUGGUUCAGUGUGAAAAUCUUCAAAGUAGACAUGUACAGGGCCUCACUUGUGACAAGUUUCAGAUUCCAUGUGUCGGGGAAGCCCUUCACUUGUGGGGAGGGUGCAAAGGACUUUUUAGCUCUAUCAGGCCUUCUGCAGCACCAGGCCACUCCCAAUGGUGAGAAGCCACAUGGCAGCAUCAAGCAUAGGGAGUCCUUUAACAGUGGGAAAAGUUGUAACAAGUGGGUUGAAUGCAGGGAAGUAUUUAGCAACCCUCACACACUUCACGACCAGAGAGCCUGCACUGGAGAUGGUCUUGAUGAAUGUAGCAACUGUGAAAAAGCCGUCCACUGCAAAUACAAACUUAUUCAGUACCAGGAAGUUCACACUGGAGCAAGGCCAUAUGAGUGUCCUCAAUGUGGGAAAUUCUUUAGCUCCAAAAAAACCCUCACUAAACACAGGAGAGUUCACACUGGAGAAAGGCCUUAUGAGUGUGGUGAAUGUGGGAAAUACUUUAGCUGCAAAAGCCACCUCAUUCGACACAGGACAGUUCACACUGGAGAAAGGCCUUAUGAGUGUGGUGAAUGUGGGAAAUUCUUUAGCUGCAAAAGCCACCUCAUUCGACAUAGGAGAGUUCACACUGGAGAAAGGCCUUAUCAGUGUGGUGAAUGUGGGAAAUUCUUCAGUCAGAAAAAGUCUCUCAUUCAACACAGGAGAGUUCACACUGGAGAAAGGCCUUACGAGUGUGGUGAAUGUGGGAAAUUCUUUAGCUACAAAACCUCCCUCAUUCAACACAGGGCACUUCAUACUGGAGAAAGGCCUUAUAAGUGUGUUGAAUGUGGGAAAUCUUUCAGUGAGAACUCUGUCCUUGCUCAACACCAAAGAAUUCACACUGGAGCAAGGCCUUAUGAGUGUGGUGAAUGUGGGAAAUUCUUUACCCACAAAACCGGCCUCACUCUACACAGGAGAAUUCACACUGGAGAAAGGCCUUAUGAGUGUGGUGAAUGUGGGAAAUUCUUCAGCCGCAAAAGCCACCUCUUUCGACACAGGACAGUUCACACUGGAGAAAGACCUUAUCAGUGUGGUGAAUGUGGGAAAUUCUUUAGCCGCAACUCCUGCCUCACUGAACACAGGAGAGUUCACACUGGAGAAAGGCCUUAUGAGUGUGGUGAAUGUGGGAAAUUCUUCAGCCGCAAAACCUGCCUCACUCAACACAGGAGAGUUCACACUGGAGAAAGGCCUUAUGAGUGUGGUGAAUGUGGGAAAUUCUUUAGCUACAAAGCCUCCCUCAUUCAACACAGGACACUUCAUACUGGAGAAAGGCUUUAUAAGUGUGUUGAAUGUGGGAAAUCUUUCACUGAGAACUCUGUCCUUGUUCAACACCAAAGAAUUCACACUGGAGCAAGGACUUAUGAGUGUGGUGAAUGUGGGAAAUUCUUUACCCUCAAAACCUGCCUCACUCGACACAGGAGAGUUCACACUGGAGAAAGGCCUUAUGAGUGUGGUGAAUGUGGGAAACUCUUUAGCCUCAAAACCUGCCUCACUCGACACAGGAGAGUUCACACUGGAGAAAAGCCUUAUGAGUGUGGUGAAUGUGGGAAAUCGUUUAGCUACAAAGCCUCCCUCAUGCGACACAGGACAGUUCAUACUGGAGAAAGGCCUUAUCAAUGCAAUGAAUGUGGUAAGUCCUUUAGCCGGAGUUCUGCCCUCCUUCAACACAGGAGAGCUCACUUGCAGUAAAUGUGGGAAAUCCUUGAGCUGCAAAUCUGACCUGUCAACACCAAAAAUUCACACUGGAAAAGGCCUUAGAUACUCAAAAAGAAUUUGCUCUUUCCGUAUUAAGUGUAACUGUUGGGGAAAAACCUCUGUGAGAAGCCACCUGUGUGAGAUGCACAUAUAAAGUAUAAAAUUCAUAUGAAUACUUA